UCCUCAUCAGCUUCUCAUUCAUUUCUUUUCCCGGGGUCUUAGAACCAUCCAUUCUCUUGCUUUCCUUUCCUGGCUUCAUUGAUUGAAGACCAUUUGCUUCGUCACUCUUUCUUUCCCAACCGAUCCCUCUUACCCACGAUCACGCUGUGCGUCGAUUAAACCAAAGCCUGCAAAAUGUCUGUCGCUAAGAUUGCUGGUAUUGUCCUCGGCUCGGCCGCCCUUGUUGCUGGCCACGGUUAUGUGUCUGGUGCUGUCGUCGACGGCGAGUACUACGGAGGAUACAUCGUCACCUCCUACGCCUAUGAGAGUGACCCUCCGGAGACCAUUGCCUGGUCUACCGAAGCCACUGACCUUGGCUUCGUCGACGGCAGUGAAUACGCCGAGGCUGACAUCAUCUGCCACAAGAGCGCUAAGCCUGGUGCUAUCUCCGCUGACGUCAAGGCUGGUGGUACUGUCGAGCUCCAGUGGACUGACUGGCCCUCCAGCCAUCACGGUCCCGUCCUGACUUACCUUGCCAACUGCAACGGUGACUGCUCCGAUGUCACCAAGACUGACCUUGAGUUCUUCAAGAUCGACGAGAGCGGCCUUAUCAGCGACACCGAGGUCCCUGGAACCUGGGCCACCGACAACUUGAUCUCCAACAACAAUAGCUGGACUGUGACCAUCCCCUCGACCCUCGAGUCUGGUAACUACGUCCUGCGUCACGAGAUCAUUGCCCUGCACUCCGCUGGAAACAAGGAUGGCGCCCAGAACUACCCUCAAUGUCUCAACCUGAAGGUUACCGGUAGUGGUAGCUCCACCUACUCGGGCACCAAGGGUGAAGCCCUCUACAAGGACACCGACCCGGGUAUCCUGGUCAACAUCUACCAGAGCCUGAGCUCCUAUGACAUCCCCGGCCCUGCUAUGUACAACGCCACUUCCUCCGGCAGCUCCUCCAGUGCCUCUUCUACCAGCUCCGCUGCCGCUGCCGCCGCUACUACUUCCAGUGCCUCUACUUCCAGCGCUUCCAGCUCCACCACCAGCGCUGCUGCUGCGACUAGCUCCGCCGUCACUGUCACUGGCAGCGCCCCCCAGCAAACCCACAUCCAGGUUGCCAGCUCCAGCGCCGCCGCUGUUGCCACCCCCAGCAGCUCCAGCGUCGCCGUCUCCAGCGACAACCUCACCAGCUACUUCAGCUCUCUGAGCGCCGACCAGUUCCUCAGCGUCCUGAAGGAGACCUUCUCUUGGCUGGUCACUGAGAAGAAGCACGCCCGUGACCUCAACGCCUAAGCUCCCAGCCAGACGUGGAAGUUCGGAUCAUAUAGACAUUCCUUCUUGUUUCUAUCUGACGGCUAUACGAGCCCUUUUAGCCGUCUGAUGCUCUUUUCGCUUCGGAUCGGGUAUCCACUUAUGUACCUAUAAAAAUAUCAAUAUUGAAGCUGUGA